GGCAUCUACGGAAGGGCGGGGCUAGUUGACGACGUCCCGCGCUCUGACUCCGCCCCCUCAUUGUGUGCGGUCACUACCGGAAGUUCCGUUCCGUCGCGAACUGGGAAAGCAAGCGCACCUCUCACAGUGUAUGUGUGGCAAUAACAUGUCUGUGCCGCUGCUCGCCGAGGCUGUGACGGUAUCCGGGAUGGAGAAGGAGACCGCGGCGGUGAUCUUCCUUCAUGGGUUAGGAGACUCAGGGCACGGGUGGGCCGACACUUUGACGGGGAUCCAGCUGCCCCACGUCAAAUUCAUCUGCCCCCACGCGCCUCCGAUCCCCGUCACUCUCAACAUGAAGUCCAUGAUGCCCGCUUGGUUUGACCUCAUGGGUCUCAGCCCCGAUUGCCAGGAGGACGAGGCUGGAAUCAAGAAGGCCGCCGAAAACAUCAAGGCUAUAAUUGAACAUGAGGUCAAAAACGGGAUCCCCCCACACCGCAUAAUGCUCGGUGGCUUCUCUCAGGGCGGGGCCUUGUCCUUGUACACUGCCUUGACCUGCCAGCAUCAGUUGGCUGGCGUUGUGGCCCUCAGUUGCUGGCUACCGCUUCACAAGAGUUUCCCAUCGGGUUCCAGCGGCCAAAAAAACAUCCCGAUCCUGCAGUGCCACGGUGAGAUGGACGUCAUGAUCCCGGUGCACUUCGGCGCCAUGACGGCAGAAAAACUCAAAGGCAUAGUUAACCCUCAGAUGAUCACCUUUAAAACCUACCCAGGGCUCUCUCACAGCUCCUCUCCUCAGGAGAUGGCGGCUGUAAAGGAUUUUAUCGAGAAAUAUUUGCCCCGAAUCUGACCUCACCUCGUCCCCACUGUGACGACCUCCCGAGACACUGACCUCUCCCACUUGACCAUUUCCCACAGGAAACAGCCAUGAGCGCCCAUCCCUUUCUUCCCACACACAUCGGCAAGAUAGCAAACACACGUUUGAUAACCCAAAACAUUCUACCCACAGAUAACGCUCACACCGGGAGAUAAAACGCACUGGGUUCAUUCCAAAAUAAUUAGUCGCUCGCACUCACAAGUCUUAGCUUUUCAGAGAGAGAAAGACACUGACUCACAUGAUGCAUUCCCCUUUGGUUUUAUUUAAAGAGCCUGUUUCGCUUUACUCGACUGUGGUUUCAUUUUGCCUCUAACGCUUCCACUGACCACGCCUUUUCCUGUUUCCUCCCUGCGUCAGUCUGAGCGGGUCGACACCUACCUGAUUCUGUCACACUAAGACCGGAUUUUCUUAUAUUCUUGCUUCAUAACUACGCAGUGAAAUAAAACCCUGACAUCGCCGUUUCCCGUCACCUCCAGAUUUCUUUUUUGCUAGGUUUAAAUUCUGUCUGACCGCGGCUUCACUCCGUCCGUGGAGACGCCCAGGUGCUGGUUCUAGAGCUAGUGAUAGACAGCAGUUCUGUCCGUGGCCUGCAUUGGUUAUCUACCUACGAAUUAGUUUUGUUUAUUCAAGUAACAACAUCCACAAGGGCCUUCCAUGUCUUGUUUUUAACAAGUGUGAUAGAAUAUCUUAAAGUACAUGAAAAUCCAAUUGAAAUAAAAAAAACUAACCAAUCCAGCUUUUGCCACACUGUGCUGUUUAUUUCAAAACAUCCAUGUCUGGACGUUAGGGACGUCUUUCUGCUCUGGCCGUCUUUAUGUAAAAUUACUUCAGUUGGAAUCUUUUUUUUCUUAAGGUAUCGGCCUAAAGAUGAUUGACAGGUAUGAAUUGCAUGAAGUAAUAACACUCCAGAUGGGGGCGGGCCUACACCGACAGCAAACAUGAGACGCUUCACUUUUCCUCCCAUCGACUACUCCUUUCUCAACAUUUUCCCCGUUCAAGUGUUCCUGGCCUCCCCAAAAGACCCCCCCCCCCCCCCCUUCCAUUAGGCUCCAGGGCGUUUUCAAUGGUUUUGUUUUAAAACUGUGGGUUAAAAACCCUGCUUCUUCUGUCUCCUUUCUCCAACACCAUGGAGGCGGUUGAGAAUUAAAACUUCAGAACGGGUAUUUCCCCACAGAAAAUAAAAUACUAAUUGCAUUACUGUAACACACUGAUAGAAGAAGAAAUGUCCCAGAUCCAAAGUGAGACCCCAGUGCUAUAGUAGUUCACUACUUAUAAAUAAAAAUGGCUAUACACUUGGAGGGCUUUGGCAAAGAAGCUGCUCCAACAUAACUAGUGGGGUGAUUUCUACAAUUAAAAAAAAGGUUAAUCUUUUGCAGCGUGUGAUCCUUUAGAUAAGGAGUAUAACUCUACUGAAUCAUGUGUGCUUAAAAAAAAACAUAUAUCAGGUGUUCUUCAUCUUCCUUUGUGAAUGUUAAUUUUGCUCCAUGAUUAUUUGUUCUGUAUUGCUGUUCUCAAGAGAUAAGAAAGGAGGAAAGACAUCAGUUUUGAUUGUUUCUGGACAAAUUGAUGAAUGUCUCUCGUACUUCCUCAAGUCCUUUUGUGUUUUAUGAUCACAUGUCUGAUGCAGCCCUACUUCUUUAUUUUAUUUUUGACACCUUUGUCAUUUUCUUUUACUAUUCCAACAUUUACCGUCUGCGUGGCGACGUCACAGUGUCUUGUGUUUUCUCCUGGGUUGUAUGUUGUCAUGGUUACGCUUUUUACAAAUGUGGGUUUUGUUUACUGGACUGAUGUAUUGUUGUGUUUUGUCACUGUUGUCAUCUCAUCCUUUUUUUUGUCUAUAAGCAUUAAAAAAAAUGUUUAGGAGAGACGUGGUGGUCUCUCCACUUUUUUGUUUUCUGUUUGUUUCCAAAACACCUCUAUGCGGAAUAAAUAAAAAUAAAUAAAAGUC